UUUCUGCAAUAGAUACGUUAUGAUAUUAAAUAUACAGCAAAAAUCGAGGCAAAAAUUAUCCGACUCUGGCCGCCUAUCGCUCCACCUCUUUACAUCUUCAGAUGAUUUUUACUGAUUUGUUUGAUCUGAAAUUUUGGUUGCAGUGUCUGCAACUUCAGAAUGCGAGUUUCAAUUCAGAUCCAUGGGAAGUCGCGUUCGCGACUUAACCAAACCGAAAAAAGGGGUUACAAGUCAGAAAUAUUAACCGACUGAGCGACUAACUGGCUUUAUAACGUCCCACCUUUUAUUAAAAUCUUAAUACGAGGAGUUCCUGACUACACGCCAUUUACUUUAGAUAUCCAAAAUUGAGAAAAUACCCCUUUUUCCAUCUAUAACCAACCCCAUGAGAGAUGUUAAAGAAAAAACUCCAGGAGGAACAAUAAGCGACGGGUUAGCCAAGUUGGAGGGGCGGAUACUUUCUGACCCCUCAAAAUUCACCUUCGGCAGUGCUGGAUACUAUGCGAAUUGUACAACCUCUUCUAACUUUCAUCGCGGUACUUAGCUUGGCUGCUGUGUUUGACUCAGUUUCUUCCUACGACCAUUUAAAUCACACUCUUUCUACGUUUCGAUCAAAACGUAGUCCAAAUAAACACCAUCGACAUCAUCUAAUGCAGGAAUUUUGGUACGACCCUUACUACAAACACGAAAUUUCACUGCCAAACGCUGGAAAAUUGCUAAGUCCGCGCGAAAAUCAAGAACUACUAAGAAACGAAACCCAACUUCGAUCGGCUGUAGACUGCUGUCCGUCAGUGCUAGAAAUGGUUGAACCCGAAGGUGGUAAAAACCAAGAUGAUCAAUAUGUCGAAUUGUAUCGAGAUGGUGAAAAUCGACAACGCUUCUACGAACUUUCGUGUCACAAAGACAUUGUGGGUAGGCCUUGUAGAUUUAUUGAUAGGAAGUUACACAUACAAUCGAAAUGUAUUCAAAAAUAUAGUUAUACAUAUGCAUUGGUGAAAGAUCCAGGAAGGCAUCAACAUCAAAGACCAAACUACUUUCCUGCAUUUCCUUUGACCGACGGUGCAACCUUUACGUUAGACUACAUACGCGUUCGGAGUGGGUGCAGUUGUGUAGUGACGCCCAACGCUAAGAAAAAAAGAGAAAAAAAAGCGAAAAGACGAGUUGAAAAAGACGAAAGUGAUUGACAGUUAUUUAAUUAAAUUACUUAUACCAAAGUAGCGACAUGCUGUGGUAGUGCGUGUGUGACUAUUAUGUAACUUUUGUUGCAUUCAAAAACAUUUUAUUAUUAUUAUUUAUUUUGUCAAUGUGUAUAAUUUACACAUCUUUUGUUGUUAUGUGUUACCACUUAAUAUUUUAUCAUAAUUUAUAAUAUUUUUAUACAACCUUUUUUAACAAAAUAUUAAUAUAGUAAUCCUUACGCUGGAUGUAAAUAAUUUGUAAAUCGACAGUCAGUUUUGUACAUUAUCGUUAGUAUUAUUAAUUACUUAAUGUAAAUUUUAGUAACAUUUUAACAGUGUCUAUAUUGUAUAAUUUUGAUGAUUUUGUUGUCUUUACUUGUCUCCACAGAAAACAAUCCGCUUAAUGUACUUAAUUCAUAAUUGCGUUCUAAAAUUCAUAUUUUGAUCACAACUUUUCAACAAUUAAUAUAGAUGCAUGUCAAAAUGUAACACUAAACCAAAAAGGCUGAACAUUAAU